CCUCCCCACACUUUAUCAAAGCUUCACGCGGUGUUGGGUGUUCCACUUCGUUUCUGUGUUGAGAACAACCCAGAAACGAAGCUGCCAUUUCUACGACCUCCAAUUAAGGAUUGUUCGAGUUCAACCCACAUCCUUGGUUAAUGGCUUGUGUAAAUAAAAUAAUUGAUCGAAGCUCUGCCUCUACUUCAGAUAAUUUGGGUAGAAAUAUCAUAGCAACACCAGAAGAUAACAUGUUUGAAUUUGAAGACAGAAUAAAAUUGCUUGAGGCUCAGAAGAAGGACCUCCAUCCUCUUUUGAGGCCAGACACAAUAAAACUAUGUGGAAUCCUACAACUCUCAGAUGCUGCCAAGAUUUUCGUUGAACUGCUUCUUGAAUAUGUACUCAAUAACCACCUUAUUAAAAGAGAAUUAACAAUGUUGCAGGCUUUUCAGAUAUCUCUGUGUUGGACUGCAGCGUCAUUGCUGAAGCAGAAAGUCAAUCACAAAGAAUCCCUUGCCUGUGUGAAGAAGCAUCUUAACUUCAAUUGCAAUAAGGACGAGGUGGACUACGUGUAUGCAAUGCUGCAGUGUCUGAAAAGUACAGCAUAUUUUAAGGCUGCAGAGUCUCCAAAAUUUGCUGAAUCAUCUUGUAGAUGUCCUUUGAAGGACCAUUCAGAUGCAAAGGUUUCUCACUCUGUCACUUGUAAAUUCCAUAAGGUCACAUCAGAGCAUGGUGACUUGUCACUAAAUCAAGAAUAUAUAGCACAAAAGGAUGUCUCAAAGAGUAUCAAACAAAUUCAGAAAAAGUUCCAAAAGAAGAUGAAAAAAUUUAAUGAUAAGCAAUUGAAAGAGAGAAGUGAAAUUUUGAGAAGUUACAAGGAAGAGAAGGAAAACCUGGAAUUUAAGCACAAAAUAGAGUCCAUUGUUAUUCGAACUUGUUUGUGGAGAAAUAUAUUGCUCAAAAAAGGUAAGCCUAAAAUGUGGGAAAUUGAACAAGAAAAAGAAGUGGAAGACCAUAAACACCAAAUGGAAAUGCGUCUUGAACAUCUCAAGAAAUUGCAGCUGGAAGCAGCAAGCAAGCUAAAGAAGAAGGAGGACACAUGGGUAGAAGAAUUGAAAAGAUGGGCUCAUGAUGAAUUGUUUUAUAGGCCAUCUUUAGAUGCACCUGAGUCUGCACAUAGCAUGACCGUGGGAGUGAUGGAAUUGUCUAAAACAGCUGAUUAUGUUACUGAUAAAGCAUGCAGUCGUCCCAUUACAGCAACAACUCCAUCUUGGUCCAUUAGCACCAAUUCUGCAUUAGAUACAAUGACUUCUGAGGCUGGUUUAUUUACUGAUGUUAUGGGGAAGAACAAUUCUGGCAAGUCUUGUCAUGAUCAAGAGAAUUUUGUAUCUGUAAACUCUGGUGCCAAAAACUUUAUUACUGUUGGAGGCACUUCUGACAAUGCUGAGGUUCUGCUGGAUGUUACUGAAAUCUGCUCUACUGCUGCUCUAACUGAAGCUAUAACCUUCAGUCUUCCUUCAUUUGAUGAAUGCCUUCACAAUACAAAUCCAUUACCCAUUUCUGAUGCAGUGGUCAGACUAGAAGUGGCUGAAACUGUCAAUUCAGUUGAUGGUCCACAGCGACCCCUUCUUUUGAAUCUGACAUCUCUAGAACAGAAUCCUAAUGGUGCCGCAGUAAGUGUUCCUGACAGUGAGGCUCCAGUGGGAUUGCAUGAGACCAUCAGUACAGGUCAUGAUUUGUGUAAUGUUGGGUCCGAGAUCCCACAUUCAUGUGAGGAACAAGCUCAUGUAAUCAGUCCAGUGACUAUGCAAGAUAAAGAGGCCGAAACGGGAGUGCAUGUCAUGUUAGAUGAUGACCUAGAGAAUCUUGUUGCAAUGGAUUUACCUUCAUCUGAAGAACAGAUCUCCAAAAGUGCCACAGAAAAGGAGAACAGUCAAGUGCAUGAGACUAUCAGUUCAAGUCAUGAUUUGCAUAAUGUUGUAUCCGUGAUCCCACCUUCAUCUGAAGGACGAAAUCUUAUGAUGAGCAUAGCAACUGUGCAAGAUAAAGAGGCUGAAGCUGGAGUGCUUGAUAAAGAGUCCAAUGACUAUGCAAGUUUGGGUGAGGACCAAGGGAAUCUUGUCAAUGUCCAUUCAUCUUCAUCUGAAGAAAAAAUCGCUGAAAGCACCUCAGGGAAACUGAAUGGUGAAGCACAGAUUUUGGCUUCUGAUAGUGCAACUCAGGUCAAUCAGCAGAACUUAGUUGAUUCUGCAGUCAAUGGAAACUCUAAUCAGGAAAUGCCCCUGGACAGUUCACCCUCGGUACAGCCUCUGAUAGCCUUGGUUCUUGGUGGUUCACUAACAGCAAAUCAGGCAGACCAAGACCAUGGUACUGAUAUGUUAGCCACAUCAAGUGCAGCACAAGAUGGAGAUGCACAAGCUUGCGUAAAUCAGAAUACUUGUCAACCUAUGGACUCCCAUUUCCAUGAUGGAAUUGAAUUUCAGCCAAGUAGUGAAGACUCUGACUUUAAUCAAGUUACCCAUGUUGCAAUGCAAUUUAAUGCGAACCUCCCUGCUUUUUCAGAACAAACUGGUUUGCAACCUCUGACAAGUUUUUCCUUGAAUCAGCCAUCUUAUGUACCUACUAAUGGCUUUGGUCUACCUUUCUCAGACACAAGAUCAACAUUUGUUACAUCUAAUUUGCCUCUUCCUUUCAACUGUGAUUUGCUUCAAAAGGAAUUGGAAAGAUUGGGAAGAGAAAGAGAAGAAAACCUCAAGUCUCAUGAAAAUAAAAAGCUGCAAUUGAAAUCUGAUAUGGAGAAGGGGAUAGAGGAAUUGAAAGCUGAAAUUUGUCAAGAAUAUGAGACUGAACUCCAACAGAUAGAGGCAGAAUUUUUCCUUAAAAAGGAAGAUUUGCUUGCAGUUCACGGAAAAGUAUUAAUCCAUACGAUGUUGGCUCGGGCAUGGGAUCUGGCUUUCAAGUCCAUUGGCAAGGAUAAUACAGGUUCAAGUUCAUCUGGAGUGCAUCAUGAUGGGAAUUUUGCUGUUGACCGCCAACUGGUUCAGUCAUGUAUGCAGCAAAAUGCACAAAUGCCUUCUCUAGUUUCCAAUUCAUCUUUGGCCAACCCUCCUGCAGCUUGCAGACAGACAACCCCACUUGCACUGGCAACCAGUCCACACUAUGCAGCUCCACUGAUACAGAAUGUUGAUCUUUUGCCUACUUCUUCUCCUGGCCUUUCUUCGACCAAUGCAGCAAGUCACCCCCACAUCGGUUCCUUCUCCUCUUCAACAGGAAGACCCCAAGGUAGAGUUGAGAUUCGUUCGCCUCUCCCACAUCUUCAACCUCGUAGACCUUCAACACCCUUUACUGGAGGUACCAGUCCUUUCUCUCAUGAAGAUGGGUCAUCAAAUCAGCAGUCACAUAGAAGCUCACCUUCAUCGUCUCUCCUGGAACUUUUUCUCACACAAACCCCGGCACCCACACAGAUGUCUGUUCCAUAUAAUAUGGGACAUGAUCAUGAAACUGCAGGGGAACCUUCAAUAUCCGUUACUGGUACCAGUCCUGUCUAUCCACAAUGUGAAGUUAUAUCAAAUCAGCAGCCACAUAGGAAUUUCCCUCCAUCGCUUUCAUCUCAUAGGCAACGACCUUUGGCCUUCACACAACAAUUUGAUCUUUUGCCUACUCCUCCUCCUGGCCUUUCUUCGACCAAUGCAGCAAGUCACCCCCACAUGGGUUCCUUCUCCUCUUCGACAGGAAGACCCCAAGGUAGAGUUGAGAUUCGUUCGCCUCUCCCACAUCUUCAACCUCGUAGACCUUCAACACCCUUGACUAGAGGUAACAGUCCUUUCUCUCAUAAAGAUGGGUCAUCGAAUCAGCAGUCACAUAGAAGCUCACCUUCGUCGUCUCUCCUGGAACUUUUUCUCACACAACCCCCGCGCCCACACAGAUGUUUGUUCCCUAUAAUAUACAACAUGAUCAUGAAACUGCAGGGGAACCUUCAAUAUCCGUUACUGGUACCGGUCUUGUCUAUCCACAAUGUGAAGUUAUAUCAAAUCAGCAGCCACAUAGGAAUUCCCCUCCAUCUCCCUUACUUUCAUCUCAUACUCAACGACCUUUGGCCUCCACACACACACAAUUUGAUCUUUUGCCUACUCCUUCUCCUGGCCUUUCUUCGACCAAUGCAGCAAGUCACCCCCACAUCGGUUCCUUCUCCUCUUCAACAGGAAGACCCCAAGGUAGAGUUGAGAUUCGUGCCCCUCCCCCACAUCUUCAACCUCGUAGACUUUCAACACCUUUUACUGGAGGUACCAGUCCUUUCUCUCAUGAAGAUGGGUCAUCAAAUCAGCAGUCACAUAGAAACUCACUUUCGUCAUCUCUCCUGGAACUUUUUCUCACACAGCCCCCAGCGCCCACACGGAUGUCUGUUCCCUAUAAUAUGGAACAUGAUCAUGAAACUGCAGAGGAACCUUCAAUAUCCGUUACUGGUACCAGUCCUGUCUAUCAACAAUGUAGAGUUGUAUCAAAUCAGCAGCCAGAUAGGAAUUCCCCUCCAGCUCCUCCAUUAUUUUCUCCUCAUACCCAACGACCCUUGGUCCCCACACAACAAUUUGUUCCUGAUAAUAUAGUCCAUCACUGUGCAAGUGCCGGAGGAUUGCCAGCUCUUCGUAGUGCAUCUGCAUUGGAGUUGCUUAUCGACAUGAGCAAUCAAUCUUCAGGUAGUUGGCGCUCAACACAGAAUGGUUCAAGACUUGAACCAUCUGGUGGAUCCACAGAUGUAGUUUGUUUAUCAGAUGAUGACUAGCUUUUUGUGAUUCCUAGUUUUUCAACUGGUUUCACCAUGUGUUCCUUAUG